AUGGGAAAUCACUCCGGAAUCGCCAGUCAGCCAACAGAAGCACCUCUGUAUCAUGGAAGCAGGGCUCUACAGCAGUGGCUCAUCUCCAUGGUGCUUCAGGCCACCAAGCCUAGCCAUGAACAGCCCCCACUACAUGCAGUCAUACGCGAAUUUCAGAAUAUCAUUGAGUCUGACGCAAUAAUCUUUAUGCACGCUUGUGCAAUGUUCCAACAAGUGCCAUCCGAAUCUCCUUACGACAACGACCCACUUGGACGGCCUCAAAUCCGCGACUACAAGCAAAUGCUACAGCUCAUGAAUUCGCUGCUGACGGCCGCACCGAAAUGGGACAACCUGGUCUUCCAGAUUGGGUGGACUGGUUUCCCCAUCAACGUGGUUCUCAAUUGGCCCAUGUCGACCCCCAGCGGCAAAGCAUUCUUCCUUCAUGACAGGGUCAACGCACAGCUCAAGAAGGUUCUCGACACGUGGGCCGAGCAUCUUGGCUCAGGGGCAUCUGCUAACGUCCUAACUACGGAUGCAAACGGCUGGCUAGGGGCUGAUGCCCUGGCUGCGAUGGAGAGGGUGGCUAAUGUUGGAACCACGAGCUUCACCUUUGAGCAGCUGUUCGAAUGCAAUCCUUCGUUACCGCACUGGGGCUUCACGUCAUGGGACGACUUCUUCGUGCGUCGUUUCCGCCCGGGCUUACGUCCUGUUGCCGGUCCCGACGACGACAAUAUCAUCGCCAACCCCUGCGAAUCCAAGCCGUACCGUCUCGCCACCAAUGUAGCGCGCCGCGACACCUUCUGGGUCAAGGGCCAGCCAUACUCUAUCCUGGACAUGUUGGCGCAGGAUGAGCUAGCGCGGCACUUCGUCGGGGGCACCGUCUACCAGGCCUUCCUCAGCAGCCUCAGCUACCAUCGUUGGCACAGCCCGGUCAGCGGCACGGUAGUGAAGACUCGCCUCGUGCCGGGAACGUACUACUCCAAAGCUGAGUCUCAGGGAUUCGGAUCCCUUCACAAGUCCCUCAGCCCAUCUCAGGGCUAUCUGACCGCAGUCGCGACCCGGGCUUUGAUCUUCAUCGAAGCGGACAAUCCUGCCAUUGGGCUUGUUUGCGUCAUGCCGGUUGGAAUGGCCGAGGUCUCGACAUGUGAGACUACGGUUAUCCCCGGGCAACGUGUAAGCAAAGGGCAAGAGUUGGGAAUGUUCCACUUUGGAGGCUCUACUACUUGCCUACUGUUUAGGCCGGAGACAGUACUACAAUGGACGGCACAGGCUUCCAUGGUCGAGAAUCCAAGUUUCAAUAUCCCUGUCAAUGCAGAGAUUGCGAGAGCACAGAUUGCUUGA